GAAGGUGCUUUGAUUGGUUAUUUUGAGCUGUGAAGUUUGCCGGCGUGGUUAGCAUUCUCCCUCACAUUGGUGUCCCACGUACGCUCUUGUUUAGCCUUCCCGCUUCUGCGCAGCUCGACCCGGCCAAAGCCAUCCCGCCUGCCCCCUUGUCUAUUUGCCCCCGUUGAGCAGCAUGUCCGAUUACGGCUCUCUACCGACAAAUGGAGUCGGCGCUGGGAUGAAAAAAGACGCUUUUGCUGAUGCCGUACAACGAGCCAGACAGAUUGCAGCUAAAAUCGGUGGUGAUGGUGUUCCCUCAGUAAGCAAUAAUGGAGGAGCUGAGAGUUAUCCAUUUGCAGCGCAGAAACGUUCCUUGGAAGAAGCAGAUGAACCUGAUGCUAAGAAGGUAGCAUCACAGAGCAACAUAGAUUCUGCAUUGUCUGUUUCAGCUCAGCUGGCUGCCCUGUCCCAACAGAGUGUGAGGCCGUCCACAAUGACAGAGGAGCACAGGGUGCCUGAUGGCAUGGUCGGUCUCAUCAUUGGCCGAGGAGGUGAACAGAUUAACAAAAUCCAGCAGGACUCUGGCUGCAAGGUCCAGAUUGCACACGACAGUGCUGGUCUUUCAGAAAGAAGUAUUUCUCUGACCGGAUCACCAGAUGCCGUCGAGAGAGCCAAAGCACUUAUAGACGAUAUAGUGUCUAGGGGACAUGAGACGACCAAUGGGCAGACAGGAUCCAUGCAGGAGAUGAUCAUCCCUGCAGGCAAAGCUGGUCUCAUUAUUGGCAAAGGAGGCGAGACUAUCAAACAGCUACAGGAGCGGGCUGGAGUCAAAAUGAUUCUUAUUCAAGAUGGAUCCCAGCCACCCAACAUUGACAAACCCCUGCGCAUUAUUGGAGACCCCUACAAAGUUCAGCAAGCUAAAGAAAUGGUUAAUGAGAUUCUACGAGAAAGGGAUCAUGCAGGUUUUGGAGACAGGAAUGAAUACGGUUCAAGGAUGGGAGGAGGUGGUAUUGACAUAGCCGUCCCCCGUCACUCUGUGGGAGUUGUAAUUGGUCGAAGUGGGGAGAUGAUCAAGAAGAUCCAGAGUGAUGCUGGAGUGAAGAUACAGUUUAAACCAGAUGAUGGUACAGGCCCUGAUAAAAUAGCCCAUAUUAUGGGUCCACCCGAUCAGUGUCAGCAUGCAGCAUCCAUCAUCACUGACCUGCUACAGAGCAUCCGUGCCCGAGAAGAGGGAGGUCAGGGGGGUCCUCCAGGCUCUGGUGGUGGAAUGCCACCUGGAGGCCGAGGUCGGGGUAGAGGCCAGGGAAACUGGGGCCCUCCAGGGGGAGGAGAGAUGACCUUCUCCAUUCCGGCUCACAAAUGUGGGCUCGUGAUUGGCCGAGGAGGAGAGAAUGUCAAGUCCAUCAACCAACAGACCGGUGCGUUUGUUGAGAUAUCUCGCCAACCACCCCCAAACGGUGACCCGAACUUCAAAUUGUUCAUCAUCCGUGGGUCCCCUCAACAGAUAGACCACGCAAAGCAGCUCAUAGAAGAGAAGAUUGAGGCUCCAUUGUGUCCAGUUGGUGGUGGUCCUGGCCCAGGUGGGCCAGGUGGUCCAAUGGGUGGUCCCUAUAAUCCCAAUCCUUAUAAUGCAGGCCCUCCUGGUGGUGCUCCUCAUGGAGGAGCACCUGGUGGCCCCCAGUUCUGUCCUCAGGGUUGGGGAAAUACUUAUCAGCAAUGGCAAGCUCCGGCUCCUCAUGACCCCAGUAAAGUGGCAGCAGCAGCAGCAGACCCAAAUGCUGCAUGGGCAGCUUACUAUGCACAGUACUACGGUCAACAGCCAGGGGGAGCCAUGCCAGGUCAGGCUCCAGGAACCCCUGCUGCUGCAGGACCAGGGGAUCAGGGCCAGGCUGCACAGGCCUCUGGGGGGCAGCCUGAUUACACUAAAGCUUGGGAGGAGUACUACAAGAAGAUGGGCAUGACCCAGCCAGCUGGAGGGGCAGCAGCUGCUCCAGGUGCAGCUGCCACUGCAGCAGCUGGAGGAGCUGCAGCUGGGGGGCAGCAGGACUACAGUGCAGCCUGGGCUGAGUACUACAGGCAGCAGGCUGCUUACUAUGGACAGGGAGGGCAGGCACCAGGACAAGCUGCUGGUCCACAGCAGGGACAACAGGCCCAGUAAUGAUUGUGGCUCAGGCAGUUGGACAGUUGCAGUGGCUCUGUGGACUUUUUUUCUAUCAUGAGAUUUCCUUUUUUCGCUUUAAAAAGACGAGACCCUGGCUUGCUCAUCUACGCAGUCAUAUUUUAACAACCUUCUUGUUUUGUGUUAAAUUGUCGACAAUGUAAAAAGGAAAAAGGGAACACAUCUUGCCCAUACAUCAAACAAGCACUAAUUAACUUUUUUGGUUAUGUUUUGUCCAUUCACUUCAUACACACCUUGUACAUCUGAAUUUAAAAAAAAAUGUGAAAUAAGCAUCUUUGCUUGCAAGCUAGCACAACAGUAUCUCAACACUGACUCACAUUUCAAGAGUUUCCCUGUUAAUGUGAGGGUAAAACAGUCUAGCAGUAUUUUGAUUAUACUAAGAAUUUCUUUUUUGUUUCAAAAGGACUGAUUUUUCUGUAGUUGUUCUUGGUACUUUUUUUUAAAGGUCAUUUUAAAAGAACAUUCCCAGUGUUUAAUUUGCAGGUGUAUUUCUCCCUGCCCUCAUGAUUUUUUUUUUUUUAGCUUAAAUCUUAUUCUUUGUAAUUAUUUUUUUCCAUAAGGGGGUUGUGUGUGUCUUUACAAAGAGUAUGCUUCUGAACAGAAACAUGUGGCUGUAAUAAGACGAUAAAUGUCUUGCUGUGUGUAAGCUGGUUGUGUAAGCAUGUGUGUUUUGUGUGCUUGGUUACCCUCUGGUUAUAUUUUUUUCUUAUUAGGUUCUGUUUAUGU